AUUUUGCUAAAGCUUUACACAUACAAAUGUUUUUUUUUGUCAAUUUUGAUUGCUUUAUAUGAAUAUCAUACACAUUUUGCUAAAGCAUUAUACAUACCAAUGUAUUUUUUUUCAGUAUUAAAUAAACUGGAAAUUCAACUCUUUGCCAGUAGAAAAUUUAGAAAUUUCAUAUGUUAGCCUUUGAUAUCUGGUGUGGAGAUUGAUGCCUAGCCUUCGCCACCAGGUUAGGGGAGGGGAUAGGAGGAUCAUAUCAAUAUUCAAUAUUACUCUUGGAGCUCUACUUGAAGGUCGAGAAAGACGGCUUUUCUGUCCUCGCCUCUGCUUGAUUAGCAGUUACAUUGGAGUGAAAGGUUUAUGGAGAAUGGGGAUGAAGUGAGGCAGGAUCGAGUGGUUGAAGCACGGGCCAGAAAUAUAAGCCACAACGUGCGGUGCACUGAAUGUGGUAGUCAAUCUAUUGAAGACUCACAAGCUGACAUUGCCAUUCUCCUCCGCAAGUUAAUACGAGAUGAGAUUCGGUCUGGUAAAAAUGACAAAGAGAUCUACAAGAAGCUGGAGGAAGAUUUUGGAGAGACAGUGCUUUAUACACCAAAAUUCGAUAUACAAACAGCGGCUAUAUGGAUGGCACCGCUUACACUUACUGGUGGCGCUGUGUUGAUAUGGGCCUUCAAGAGAUACAGGCGAAAGAACAACGUGCAUAUCAUGGCCCUAGACCUCGUCCGAGGAGUCCCAUUGACUCCGAAGGAGAAGGAGGCGAUGCUUGAGCUUCUGACGCCACCUUCUACUCGAUGGUGGGGAAAAUGGAUUCCUCGAUGAUUUGAGAGUGUCAAACUUUUCACCAUGUUGCAAACUUGAUUUUAGGAAAGUGCAGCAAUUUAUCUGUUUAAAAUAAAUAAUUGUAAUUUGGUGUUGAAACAUUCCAAUAAAUCUAAAGAGGAUUAAGGCAGACGAUAUAAUGAAAAA